CUCUGAUAUCAAAGAUAAAAGCCAAAAAGCAAGAAGUUGUAAAAUUUGAUGAAUCUAGUGACGAAGAAGAAUCAAAUAUUACCAUUCCACAACCAAGUUUAAAGAGGGCCCCUUCAAAAUCGAUACAACAAUCAAACAAAAAAAUCAAAACAUCUUUUGCUUGGAAUAACAUCCCAACUUCUACAGCUGCUAUCACCAACAAUAUCAAAACAUUAGAAACUCCCUCCGAUGAGGAAUCUGAUGAGGAAUCUGACUAUGAAGAAAAGGAGGAAUCCACCUCACCUCAUAAACACAUCAUGAUGUUCACCACCUUACCGAAACAGAAAUUGCAGAAAUAGAAGAGUCUUUACCAAACAAGGCACCAACCAGUGAAGCAGAUUUUGAGAGAUUAGUUAUAGGUGAACCAAAUAAUUCAUUUUUAUGGAUUCAAUACAUGACAUUUAUGUUGAACACUUAUGGAUUCGAAAAAGCUAAGGAAAUUGGUGAAAGGGCUGUUAAUAGAAUACACUUCUCCAAGGAAAAUGAACGUUUCAAUUUGUGGAGUGCAAUACUCAGUCUGUAUGUGUCAAAUAAUAGAGGUAAUGUGGACAGUGUAAUUGAAAAGGCACUCCAAGGUGCUAGUAAGCCACAUCUUAUUUAUCUACAAUACGCAAAGAUUUUGAACAAGUUAUACGAAAAGAAGAAGCAAAGAAUGGAUGCAACUGAAGAGGAAGAAGAUUCACAAAGUGAAAAUGAGGAAGAUGAAGAAUUAAAAAACAAGAGAGCUAAUGAACUAGAAGAAUUACUCACUAAAAUUGACCAAGUUUAUAGAAAGGCCUGUAAAAAAUAUAGAAAUGAAAAGAAGGUAUUUGAAGAAUAUGAACAGUGGUGUAUUUCAACAUUAAAGGACAUCAAAAAAGCUGAACAUGUAUUGAAUAGAUCUUUGAAGGUUUAUCCACAAAAAGAACACAUUUCCCUCAAAUCCAAGUUUGCAAUCAUUUUAUACAAGUGUGAAAAUACUAUUGAGGCAAGAAAUGCCAUGGAAAACAUAAUACAAAAUAGUCCAAAGAGAUCUGAUGCAUGGUCGAUAUAUUUAGAUUGUGAACAACAACAUACUAAUGACCAGAGAUAUAUCAGAGAGUUGUUUGAGCGUGUGUGCAAUCUCACAACUCUUUCCACAAAAAAGAUGAAAUCAUUCCUGCAAAGAUAUCUAAAGUUUGAAACACAACAUGGUGAUUCAGAGAGGCAAGAACACGUCAAACAAAUUGCCAAAGAAUAUAUCCAAAGCAAACUUGAAAAAUCCAAGAUUGAUACUAAUAAAGAUUAAUUCCACUUU